GACGUAAAGCGGAGGCCAGUGCGCUUGCGCGGAGUGGGGUUCCGGUCCUGGCGGGAGGUGACGCCUGCGCUCGGUGUGCGGCCGAGAGGCGCGAGCGGCGGGGAGUCGCAUUCCAGAGGUUAUGAACACUUGUCAACGUGACCAGAAGUUAUUUCCUUUUAUCAGCCUUGCACACAACCACCACGGCGGGACAGAUUAAGCCAACUGUGUGCAGAGUCACCAUUUACUUGCAGAGAGACAUGUCUGGGGAUACCUGCUUAAUGUCGCUGUGCCCUGCGUCUGGUGCCAAACCCAAGACCUGUAGCUUUAAAGUAGGAAGCAUGGGGAACAAAUACGUCCGGUUAAACGUUGGAGGAGUCCUGUAUUACACCACUGUUCAGAUUUUAACAAGACAUGAUACCAUGCUAAAGGCAAUGUUCAGUGGAAGAAUGGAAGUCCUCACUGACAAAGAAGGGUGGAUCCUUAUUGACCGCUGUGGAAAACAUUUUGGGACAGUUUUAAACUACCUGAGGGACGAUUCAGUUAUAAUUCCAAAGAGUGGAAGAGAAGUAAAGGAACUGCUUGCAGAAGCUAAAUAUUACCUGAUUCAGGGCCUAGUUGAUGUCUGUCAAGCAGCUUUGCAGGAAAAGAAAGAAUGCUGUGAAGUUGCGUGCACAAUCCCCAUGAUAACCUCGCCAAAAGAGGAAGAACGGCUAAUCCAAGCGUGCAGAAAGCCAGUUGUGAAACUGCUACACAACAGAAGCAACAACAAGUAUUCCUACACCAGCAACUCUGAUGAUAACCUGUUGAAGAACAUUGAACUGUUUGACAAACUGUCUUUGCGAUUUAACGGAAGAGUGCUAUUUAUCAAGGAUGUCUUGGGAGAUGAGAUAUGCUGCUGGUCAUUCUAUGGACAGCGCCGCAAACUUGCAGAAGUGUGUUGCACUUCAAUAGUGUAUGCAACGGAAAAGAAGCAAACCAAGGUUGAAUUUCCAGAAGCAAGAAUUUACGAGGAAACUUUGAACGUCCUGCUCUAUGAAACGCCACGUGUACCCGAUAACCUACUAUUGGAGGCUACGAGCCGCCCGCCUGGUAACGGGUCACACAGCGAAGACGACGAGGGGCUGGAAGUUCGGGAUCGUGUGCGUAGAAUACACGUGAAAAGAUACAGCUCCUACGAUGACCGACCUCUUGGACACUCGUCUGCUUAUAGAGACUAAAUCUGUAAUGUUGUUGACAGUAUUUACUUUUUAACACUUUAAUCCACUGCCGGUCACUGAUUUACAACUAACUUCCCGAAAUAUGAAGAUGACUGACUUUAGAAAAGAGCCUGCGUGCUUCUAAAUGUUCUUUAACUUCUUGUGUGUUGAUUUUUUUAAAAAAAAACCUUUUGAAAGAACCUUGCACAUUGAACUGAGACACCGGUUUGAAUAUUGUCUCUUUAAUCUACAAAUUUGCCUUAACUCCUCACAGGUAAUAUUUCUAGGAAGCCGAUGUGUUUUGGGGCAGGUUUUCAAAAAAAAAAAAAAAAAAAAUCCUGGUUUAUCGCAACCUGUUUUGCAUCACGUGCCUCAAGGCAGUGAAUGUGAAAUUUGCCCCCAAGUCCCUGGGUUACCGGUCUUGACCUGGCCACGAGCCAGGCACCUUCCCUCAAAGGGUUGUCUUGGGCUACUGCUACUUUCCUUGGGGCUCAGUGGCACUGGGCUGUGAUCUGAGCUCACAGCCACCUCUCCUGUUACCGUGUAGCUUUAGGAGUAAAUGUAGGGAUUACGUCCUCAAAAAAAAAAA